GUAUGUUUUCGCUGCCGUAAAUGAAAAGCGGAAGUUAGCAAAGCCGCAAAACGAACAAAGAGCUAAAGGCGACGAAGUGUAUUCGAGUAAAAAAAAACACAACUUUGAAAAUGUUGAAAGAUUUGAUAAGACAGAGACUAAUAGUGGUAGCUGACGAAAUAUUCGCUAUGUUUGAAAGAACAGUGGCGUCGUACGAGGAGGAACUUUGUCGAACAAAAGAGGAAAAUGAGCGACAUCGACAACAACUGGAAGCUUUGAGGCAAACUGGACCUGCUCUACAAAUUGAAGACGUCCAUCAAGAAGAAUGCCCUCCUCAGUCGCAGGCCACCAACUCCAAUGUGAAGCAGGAGGAUUCACAACCCUCUGACAUUAAAGAGGAAGAUGAGGAACUACGAAUCACUGAGGAGGGAAAGUGUCUCCAAGGGCCGGAGGAAACUGAGCUCAACAAGUUGCCACUGACUGUUAUCUCUGUGAAGACUGAAGAUGGUGAAGAGGAACCACAAGCAGACAACCUAUUCGCUCCACUGUCAGCUAGUGAGGCUGAAGACAGAGUUGAAGAACCUUUGAGCGGCAAUUCAGACUGUGACGGUGAUGUAAGGAUACACACUGACAAAAAACACCCUGAAUGCUCUGAAAAGUCAGGUGUAGAACAUUUGGCCUGCUCCCUUUGUGCUAAAAACUUUACUAAAAAGAGCAAUUUGAAUGCACACAUGAGAACACACACGGAAGAAAAACCCUUUAAGUGCUCAGCUUGUGAUAAAAGAUUCUCCUACCGUUCAACUAUGGUGUCACACAUGAUAACACACACAGGAGAAAAACCUUUUCGAUGUUUAGUUUGUGCUAAGAGCUUUUCAUAUAAAGGUAAUUUGAAUGUUCACAUGCAGUCACACGAAACAGACAAAUCCUUUAGGUGCUCGGUUUGUGACAAAAGCUUUUCUUAUAAGAGUAAUUUGAAUACACACAUGCAGACUCACAAAACAGAGAAACUUUUCAGUUGCUCGUUUUGUAGUAAAGGUUUCUCUCAGAAUGCAACUUUGGUAUCGCACAUGAGAAUACACACUGGCGAAAAGCCUUUCGGAUGCUCAGUUUGCGACAAAAGAUUCUCUCAGAAUGCAACAUUGGUGUCGCACAUGAGAACGCACACUGGAGAAAAACCCUUUAAAUGCACAAUUUGCGGCGAAAGCUUUUCAAACAAAUGCAAUUUGACGCAACACAUGCACACACACAAGGCAGAAAAAACCUUUAGCUGCUCAGUUUGUGAUAAAAGCUUUUCUUACAACAGUUCUUUGUAUGCACACAUGCAGACGCACAACACGGAAAAACCCUUCCAGUGCUCAUUUUGUGGUAAAAGAUUCAGUCAAAAGGUCAAUAUGGAAUCACACAUUAGAACACACACUGGAGAAAAACCCUUCAUUUGUUCAGUUUGCGAUAAAAGAUUCUCUCACAAUACCACUUUGGUAUCACACAUGAGAACGCACACUGGAGAAAAACCUUUUAGUUGCACAGUUUGCGGUGAUACAUUUUCUUACAGAUAUAGUGUGACGCAACACAUGCGGACCCACAAAACUGAAAAACCCUUUCGGUGCUCAGUUUGUGGUAAAAGAUUCAUCCAGAAACUAAGUAUGGAAACACACAUGAGAACGCACACUGGAGAAAAACCUUUUGAAUGCGCAAUUUGCGGUAAAAAUUAUUCGUAUAAGAAAACUUUUGUAGCUCACAUGCAAACACACAAUGGAGAAUAACGGUUUUCCAGUCCAUUGUGCUAAACCAGGAGUUCCCACUACGUCGAUCGUGAGCUACCGCUUGAUUCCUAGGCAUUAAAAAAAAUGACAUAUCAUCAAUCUUCACUAUGAUGACGACCAUCUGGAACGGAUCACAAUAAGUGAUGCCAUCCCGCCUGCGUUAACAGAAUAAGAGCCUUAGAUUACUAGUGCACACAAGCUAGCAAGCUAUUGACUUAGCCACCACUUUCAUGCGGAGGACUGUGUUCCCCUUCACAAUGCAAAUUCGAAGUUGUGGAACCUACCAGCAACUCCUGUGUAUCCUCACAGAUUCCAAUCAAUGCAAGUCAACAGCAUACGGUAAUACACUCGCUUAUAUUGUUGUCUUCGAGAACAGACGGGAAUCUAUAUGUCAUUCAACAUGUUUGUAGUUAGAUCAGGAAAAAAACAGAGGCAUUUUCAUCCCUACAAGCCUGUUUCGCAGGGUUCUCUGCUCUUCAGGGGAUUUUAUGAAAGAGGCUUGUAGGCAUGAUAUAGCCUCUGUGUUUUUUCCUGACCUAACGUACAUAUUCCGCUGUACCCCGGUAUUGAACACUGUAUAUCGGAUAAACCACAGAAACCUUGACUAUAUGUAUAAAUAAAUAAAUAUAUACAUAUAUAUAUAUAUAUAUAUAUAUAUAUAUAUAUAUAUAUAUAUAUGUAUAUAUAUAUAUAUGUGCGUCUGCCUCACAAUACGAAGGUCUUGAAGUCAUGGGUUCAAUCCCAGGCUCGGGAUCUUUCUGUGUGGAGUUUGCAUGUCCUCCCCGUGAAUGCGUGGGUUCCCUCCGGGCACUCCGGCUUCCUCCCACCUCCAAAGACAUGCACCUGGGGAUAGGUUGAUUGGCAACACUAAAUUGGCCCGAGUGUGUGAAUGUGAGUGUGAAUGUUGUCUGUCUAUCUGUGUUGGCCCUGCGAUGAGGUGGCGACUUGUCCAGGGUGUACCUCGCCUUCCGCCCGAGUGUAGCUGAGAUAGGCACCAGCGCCCCCCGCGACCCCAAAAGGGAAUAAGCGGUAAGAAAUGGAUGGAUGGAUGGAUAUAUAUAUAUAUAUAUAUAUAUAUAUAUAUAUAUAUAUAUAUAUAUAUAUAUAAACCUGUGAAACAGGCUUGUAGGGAUGAUAUAGCCCCUGUGUUUUUUCCUGACCUAACGUGUGUGUAUGUGUAUAUAUAUAUAUAUAUAUAAAUAAAUAUAUGUGUGUGUGUAUUUAUUUAUUUAUAUAUAUUUAUAAAUAUAUAUAUAUAUAUACAUUUGUAGCUCACAUGCAAACACACAAUGGAGAAUAACGGUUUUCCAGUCCAUUGUGCUAAACCAGGAGUUCCCACUACGUCGAUCGUGAGCUACCGCUUGAUUCCCAGGCAUUAAAAAAAAUGACAUAUCAUCAAUCUUCACUAUGAUGACGACCAUCUGGAACGGAUCAGAAUAAGUGAUGCCAUCCCGCCUGCGUUAACAGAAUAAGAGCCUUAGAUUACUAGUGCACACAAGCUAGCAAGCUAUUGACUUAGCCACCACUUUCAUGCGGAGGAUGAAAGUAUAUAUAUAUAUAUAAGAAUAUAUAUUUGGCAACACUAAAUUGGCCCUAGUGUGUGAAUGUGAGUGUGAAUGUUGUCUGUCUAUCUGUGUUGGCCCUGCGAUGAGGUGGCGACUUGUCCAGGGUGUACCCCGCCUUCCGCCCGAUUGUAGCUGAGACAGGUGCCAGCGCCCCCCGCGACCCCGAAAGGGAAUAAGCGGUAGAAAAUGGAUGGAAAAUGGAUAUAUAUAUAUAUAUAUAUAUAUAUAU